CCCAAGUGCAGCGUCCGGCUGCUCCUCCGCACCCCAGGAGCCCCCGGCCCUGCCUGCCACCAUGCCUGCCCGCUGCCUCCUCCUCCUCCUCCUGGGACUGCUCCUGGAGCUGGAGCCUGCCUUCUGCCAAGAAGCCCGGGGCAGCCUCCAGCCGUGGUCGCAGGGUGUCAUCGCAGUGGUUGUGUUUCUAGUGCUGGUGGCCAUCGUUUUCGUGGUCAACAGGUUCUGGUGUAAGAAGAAAGUGGAAAAUGCCGAGACGGUGGUGACUGUAGAGGACAAACAGGAUCCUGUCAUAUCCAAUGGCCAUGAAGGGAGAUACCUAUCAGCUGCAACCGACUUCAGGUCCAAAGAGAACCAGCACGCCUACGAGAACACGGUGGAGCCUGAGGAGAAGGUGAUCACCACUGCCAUGUAGCCGGCACCCAACCAGCCACCCUCCUUCCUCCUCUCAAUUUGCUUCACACGAUCGCGAUGGGCAUUUUCACAGAGACCCCCUGCACUGGUACCCCCCUGUGUGUGUGGUGGGUCCCUGACCUCCCCACGGCACCACCAUCUCCUGAUCUUUCCUUCUCACACCUGUGGGACACGCUCUUCUGCCUCGGGGGCUGGUGUCCACGUGGACAUCGGGCCCCAGGAGAAGUCUGGAGGUGCCACCUCUCCUGCCUGGUGGUCACCCCACCUGCCUGGCGAGGUUGAUGUCCCAAGUCCCAGAAGGGUGUUGACGUGCUUAAAACACAGAGGGGCUCCUGCUGGGGGCCUGGGACCUCCCUGCACCUCCAGCUGCGUUCUGGGGAGUUGCUGAUGGAAAACCUACUCUUUUCUCCCCAGCUCACCCUCCUUUUUACAACCAAUACCAUGCAUUUUAACGUCAGAACAAACCUUCUCCCCUGUACAUAUCUCCCCUGUGAGCAAUAAAGAGAAUUGU